AUGUACCGCAACGCCCCCAAAUCAGUAUCCGACCCCUCCUCCAACCCCCUCGACGACAUCUGCCCCGUGUGCAAAAGCAACCGCUACCUCAACCCCUCGCUCCAAUUCCUAAUCAACCCAGAAUGCUACCACAAAAUGUGCUCCACCUGCGUGGACCGCAUCUUUACCUCGGGCCCCUCCUCCUGCCCCGUGCCGCACUGCGGACGCACGCUCCGCAAAAAGGGCUUCCGAAAAGCCUUCUUCACAGACCUACACGUGGAGCGCGAAGUCGACAUCCGGAAACGCGUCAGCGAGGUGUUUAACCGGCGCCAAGAUGAGUUCGAGACGCUGUUGGACUGGAAUAACUAUCUCGAAGAGGUCGAGUCUCUGGUGUUCGAUUUGGUGGAGGGGAGUGCGGCGGAGAAGACGCGCGCUGAGGAGAGGUUGAGGGAGUAUCGCGAUGCGUAUCGUGAGGAGAUUGAGGGGAACAAGAGGGUGGGAAAAGAAGAGGUUGAGGGGGAGAGGAGGAGGGAGAGGGCGGAGAAGGAGGGCGCGCGGGCGAGGCGGUUGGCUAUGGCGAGGGAGGUGGAGGAGGAGAAGGCGGAUGUUGAGAAGGGGAAGAGGGAUUUGCUAGAGAGGCUGGCGAAUAGUGAUGGGAAUGCCAAUGCUAUUACACGGCAGGCGCAGAAAGUCAUACUCAAGAAAUCUUCAGCCAGGAGGAAUAUUACCGAGGAGGUAUUGGCGAGUAAUGGAAGUGCCAACUCGGGGCUUACGAUCCGGGGCUUGAAGAAGAAAGUUGCGCCCGUGGAAGAGAAGCCUUAUGAUCCGUUUGGAGGUGUAAAUAUUACGCCAGCGAGAUUUACUGUUCAGGAGAGUUAUGAUAAUGAGUGGCUGGGCAAUGCUAAAAAGGAUACGAGGCAUAUGGCUGGUGGAUACAGUCUACAAGAAUAUUACGCUCGGACUAUGUUCGAAGCGUUCUCGGGGUUGGGUGUUUUCAUAGAGGAAGAGGUAGCUGAUCGAGGCCAAAAGGGGGACCCAUCAAUUGGGACUGCUGCAGCCGCCGAAGCAUCUGGGGGAAAAAUAAACAUCGGGCAUAAAAUGGAGAUCGAUGAUGUUUUUUAA